AUGCAGCUCCUUAACUUGCUUCCCGUGCCUCUCCUACUCUCCAGUAUGGCCUAUGCGGCUAGUGUGGAGACCUCGCUCCGUCAAGGCAGGAUGGAAUGCAUCGCAUCAACCACUGGACUGGUCGCUCACCAAUCCCCAAGUGACGCAGAUGCUGUCAUCUGCUAUCAUGGCACCAACACGGCCACCGACCUCAACCGAGAUCUUACCGACAAGUAUUCUGGCGUGUUUGGAAACAUGGGGUACUACAAGUGCCAAAACGUCGGGAUCGAGUGUUUCUGGAUGAAGGCUCCCAACUUCUGGAAAGGUGAUGGGGAUGGAGGGUAUGACAACAUUUACACCAUUUUGACGAAUAGGUGCACAUACAACAGACAAGAAGUUAGCGUCACUUGCACCAAGUAG